ACGGUAGGAUCGGACUAACAGAGUUGUCUCAAACAACGGGUGCUAAGCGAGCGAUAAAAAGAACAUAGCUUUUCAGUGUUAAUUGGUGGACGUAUUCACUUGGCAGGAAAAAAAACUAUUUAGUGGAAGCAGGAAUCUAUUAUCUCGUUUCAACUAAGGUUUGUGAAGCCAACGCACAGAACCUGAGAAGUCUGACGUUUUCCUCUGGCCGUUAAAUGUUUACGCUGCGUGCUCAGGACGCCACGUUUUAGCACGCUGCACACCCUUCAACAUUUUUUGAGAAUUGUUCAGUCCAAGCACAAAUGGUGACGGGGCAAAAGAAGUAGACUGCGACGGAGGUGUCACUUCGGUAGUUACGACUGUAAAGAAACAAAUUGAUGGCUCCAGUGAAAAACUAAUCAGCCACCACCCUGUGAAAAUCUUUCAUAUGGACUGUGAUAGCCGCAGUUUCGAGCGACACGACGAACGUGUGUUUUGUCUUUGUAAACAUAACUUUUUCUGUUCUCUACAGGACUGAGUUAAUAAUGAAUAUUAAUCGUUUGAUGUAAAUAGUCCCUUUUGCGUUGGAAUUGGACAUAGCACAACACGCAUAGGCUACUUUUAUUGAUUGUCGAUUGUUAGGCCACUACAAAUAUUAACGUCUCUGCUGUACUGUAGUCAAUAGUUUGCCGAAUAUUAAUUAAGCAAUUAAUCGUUUACAUUGUCUGCAUUCUAUUAUUAAACCAAUAUGGAUGGUCAGAAUGACAACGAAAAUAAAGACCGCAAUCUCUCGAAACAAGAUAUUAAAAGAUUUGCACUUUGGUAUAUUGGGUGGUCUUCAUUGGAUAGGAGAACUACCUUACCCAUGCUGCCGUGGUUGGUAGCUGAGAUCCGGAGGAAAAGUGAGAAAAACGAAUCAGGACGCGAAACGGGUCCCAUUCAGGCCAGAGAAGUUCAAAUAGUGCUCACGCCGCCUUUCAUUCGAUGUGUCCCAUCCAACAAAACCGCUAAUUCGUCCGUCUUCAUCUUUGAGCAUAAAGCACAGUUUAUCUCACGGUUUAUUCACAACAGUAAUGACCUCACGUACUUCGCCUACCUUAUCCGGAGCCAGCCUGACAAUCCUGAGUCAGAGAUGGCAUGCCAUGUCUUCCGGGCCAACGACCCCAACCAGGUACCAGAGGUGAUCAGUAGUAUCCGGGCUGUGUCGAAGUCUGCCCUAAAGGAAAAUUCCAAGCCCAAGCAGGAUACAGAUGAGGCCUUCUAUAACUCCCAGAAGUUUGAGGUGCUUUACUGUGGCAAGGUGACCGUUGCCAACAAGAAGGCAUCCUCCACCAUCAUUGAUGACUGCAUUGACAAGUUUCACCAGCAUGAGUUAGAACGAAAACGCCUUCACAUUCUCAAUGACCAGGGGUCCACAGGGAAUGUCCCCAUGGAGUUCAUCAUGGGGGAUGAUGUGGACCCCCUUUCAACAAGUACCCUCAUUGAGGGUCUAGAUCAAACUGAGGGGCUGGAGAAAGUCACUAAUGGUGGAAUGAUGGUUGUGUCCAACAGCCCCAGCCUGAGCAGUUUACGUGCAGCUUUCCCAGAAUGCAUCCUAGAGGACUCUGGUUUUGAGGAACAGCAGGAGUUCCGGGCGCGCUGCAGCAGCUUGGCAGGGAGUCUCCAGCGGAAGUCUCGAGAAGGAGCGCUCAAAGCUGCCCCUCCACGCCGACGCCAUGCCAGCGCCCCCAACCACGUUCAGCCCUCGGACGCUGACAAAAACCGAACAAUGCUCUUCCAGGUUGGACGGUUUGAAGUGAACCUGAUCAGUCCGGACAGUAAAACAGUGGUGCUGGAGAAGAAAUUCAAAGACAUCUCAUCCUGCUCUCAGGGUAUUAACAAGACCGACCACUUUGGAUUCGUCUGUCGUGACUCGGGAGGUUCUGGUCCGGGUCAGUAUGUGUGCUAUGUGUUCCAGUGUGCGUGCGAAUCUCUGGUUGAUGAGGUGAUGCUGACACUAAAGCAGGCCUUCAGUACGGCAGCAGCUCUGCAGAGCGCGAAGACGCAGGUCAAGUUGUGUGAGGCCUGUCCAAUGCACGACCUGCACAAACUCUGCGAGAGAAUUGAGGGUCUGUAUCCUCCAAGGGCCAAGCUGGCCAUCCAAAAAUUCCUCUCUCAACUGACAGACAAGGAACAGGUUGACAUCUUUGAGCGGGUUCAGAGGAUGAAGCCUGCGUCGGACCAGGAAGAAAAUGAGCUAGUGAUUCUCCAACUUCGCCAGCUGUGUGGAACCAAGCAGAAGUCCCACCUCCACAUAGGAGAGGCCCCCCAGCAUGCCCCCAGCACAACGGCAGCAGCGGUGGACAGCAUAUCGGCCACGGGUGGGCGCUUCAAAUUAGACAUUCUCAAGAACAAAGCCAAGACAUCUCUGACCAGCUCACUGGAGAACAUCUUCUCACGGGGCGCUAACCGGAUGAGAGGACGCUUGGGAAGCAUGGGGAGCUUUGAGAGAGCGGAUGACUCUCCAGGCGACUCCCCACCAGGCACACCCCCUGGUUUCCCUGAAGACGACACAGAUGCCCCUCAAUUUCGGAGGCGUGCCCACACGUUCAGCCAUCCACCUGUGAAAAAGCGCAUCUCAUUCACCGACACUUCAACUCAGGGUGGCCAGCAGGGCGGUACCCAGAGCAAGGUCCCGCUUCGCAGGCAGCAGUCUGUCAACCCCGAACUACUGCAAAGCAGUCCAGUCCCCUACUCAAGAACACGCAGCGUCUCAGAGAGUGAAUCCACCUUCAGUCUCCCCUCCUCCACUCCCACUUUCCUGAAAAGCUUUUACCAGGGCUCCCUUGGUUCCCUGGGGUCCUUGGCAGAAAAUGGGACCCUCUGGAGUAAUGGGGAUGGCAGGAAGAGGACCCUAUCUGGAUGCAGCAGUGACAGUGUAAGUGCCCCCCUCACCCGCCGUGAAGUGUCCUGGAGACAGAAGAUAUUUCUGCGGGUCGCCACACCAAUCAACAAGACCACAUCUAUGCAGCACCAAGAUCACUGUGAUAUGCGGGAGCUUCUGCCCCUCUCCCCCCGCUCCUUUGAUCCAAGUGUGGACCCCUUGGCUAGCCUUCUUCCAGUCACUGGGGAGAGGCCCAAGAGAACAAGGGCUCACUACCGGGCACUGUGGAAGACAGCCAUCCACCAGCAAAUACUGUUGUUGCGCAUGGAGAAGGAGAACAAAAGACUAGAAGCAAGUCGAGACGAGCUGCACAUUCGCAAGAUGAAGCUGGACUACCAGGAAGUGGGGGCGUGCACUCAAGAGGUGCAGGCAUACUGGGACAGGAAGCUGAGUGUUUUGGGCAGAGCCAAGCUCCUGCUGGACAAGGAGGAGGUGUACAAUGCAGUUUCUCAGGGGGUCCCCAAGGGCCGGCGUGGGGAGGUGUGGCUCCUCUUUUCCCAACAGCACCGCCUUAGACAUCGCUUGCCCCCGGGCCGCCAAGCCCCAGACACCCCCUACCAAGACCUACUAAAGCAGCUCACCGCUCAACAGCACUCCAUACUGGUUGACCUGGGUCGGACGUUUCCCACCCACCAGUACUUCUCAGCUCAGCUGGGUGCAGGGCAGCUGUCUCUUUACAACCUUCUCAAGGCCUACUCUCUGCUGGACACAGAGGUGGGUUAUUGCCAGGGCAUCAGCUUUGUGGCAGGCAUCCUGCUUUUGCACAUGAGUGAGGACCAGGCCUUCGACAUGCUCAAGUUCCUCAUGUACGACCUGGGCUUCCGAAGACAAUACAGGCCUGACAUGACCUCUCUACAGAUUCAGAUGUACCAGUUAUCCAGGCUGCUGCAUGAUUACCACAGGGAACUGUACAACCACCUGGAAGAACAUGAGAUCUGCCCCAGCCUCUACGCAGCCCCAUGGUUCCUCACACUUUUUGCCUCCCAGUUCCCACUAGGAUAUGUGGCACGGAUAUUUGAUAUUCUGUUUGUUCAGGGGAAUGAAGUGAUCUUCAAGGUGGCUCUGUGUCUACUGAGCAGUCACGAAGGUGAGAUAGUGGAGUGUGAUAGCUUCGAGGCCAUUGUGGACUACUUGAAAACUACAAUUCCAAACCUUACCCCAACCCAAAUGGAGGAAACCAUCUCAAAGGUGUUGGAAAUGGACAUUUCAAAGCAGCUACAUACCUAUGAGGUAGAAUAUCACGUGCUGCAGGAUGAGAUGGUGGAACCUAUACCCCAAUCAGAUGAAUCAGACUGCCUGGAUAAACUGGAGAAGACAAACAACCAGCUGAAGAAACAGAACAUGGAUCUUCUGGAGAAAUUACAGGUGGCGCGUCAGAAAAUCCAGAGCCUGGAGGCCACCGUGGAGAACUUCCUGUCACGAGAGUCCAAGAUGAAGCACACGAUUCGCUCAUUGGAGCAAGAGCGCCAGUUCUACCAGAAGACUAUCGAGCGCAUGCGUUCCUACCUGCCCCUGGACACUCUGGCUGAUAUGGAGAUGACCCACAUGGUCAAGCCAGCCCAGGGCCCGAACGGCAAGGCCAAGCCCGCUGCCAAUAAGCCAUGAUGAGAGGAAUGGUGCCCUGUCUGGAGGGAGAGAAAGACUAGGGAGAAGUCUUGAGUGAGAGAAUGGGAGGGGAGAAAGUUGUUACUGUCAGAGACAGAGGACUGUAGAUGUAUUUGAAUUUAUUAAACAACUAUGUUGGCAGAAAGUAACUUUGGAAAAUAUAGGCCGUACAUGUUUGGGCCCUGUGUGUGUGCAUCAGUUCCAAUGUGUCACCCUUGAGACAGACAGAUUAAUUGAAUAUGUGGAAACUGUGUUCUUUCCUCUCCAUCCGAACCAUGCAUUAUGAUUGAGGAGGGCAAAGGGGAAGGUCGUGUGGGAGGAAGAGACAAAGGUCUCUGCUUAAAUUUCCAAUUAAAUUGUGUGUGCCUAUGACAUGGAACCAACCAAUGGAAGACUCCCAAAAGUGCAAAACCUUUCCAUCUGGCAGACUUAAAAGCCAAAAACUAAGUAUUUAAAAACAAAAAAAUACUGCUUGAACCCAAGUCUGAAGAAUGUCUGUGUUCCAGCUAUAGUUAACCACGCCCUUGUAUUAUUUGUGCAUUUCUUUUGAUUUUAAAGAUACUUGAAAAUGAAUUAUUUGAAUGUAUCUAAUUGAAUGAUUUACAUUUUCCCUCCAAAGAGUAUCAGGAUUAAGAUUGUGUUGUUAGGUUGGGGGAUUUCCAAUAACCAGGCAGAUUUUAAUGUCUGUAUAACGCAGUUACUUGUUGGGUUGAAAAUCACACUUGCCUCACUUGUUGAACAUGUAUUUUUUUUUUUACAUGUUUGAUUUUAUAUUGCCUCUCACAAAACAAUGUCUGAUUGUAAACUGGGUGACUGAAGCCGCAGUGUUAGAGGCCGUAUAUUUACAUAAUCUCGGGCUGGGAUGGUGCUACACAGACAAAUGUAAGAUGCAUACUGUUGGUAGAGCAUUUUAAGGAAUUCCAUCUGUUGGUAUUCCAUCAGAUAGAGGCCUUCUUGUCACAUUUCAGACAUUUUUAUGUGACAUUUUAGAAAUGUUAUGGUGAACUUCAGAUCUACACAUGAUGUAAAUCAGCAUAAGUUUCAUCAUGAUUUGAUGUCAUCAGUGUCAUGGCUUUCUAUCUGGAUGCUAUUGUUGCCGGUCUAUUAAUAUUGUGUUAUUGGUGACCGAUAUAGCACUGAUGCCACAUGCUGGCCACUGUGUAGGUGGAUGUGCACGCAUAGAGGAUAUAAGAAAACAUAUUUGUAUUUGGUGUCUUUGAUAAUGGACCGAUAAUGGACCGAGCACACACACUCAGUCUCAGGACUCUUCAUACUGUUUUAUCCCACCUUGACAGCUGAGUCAUGCAGUCCAGUGCUUCUGAUUGAAAAGAACAAGUUGAUAGACACUUUGAAAAGAAUAUUAUGUAGCUCUGGUCUGAUACUGGCUGUUGUUUUCUUUUUUUAAACAGUGUAUACAGUUGCAAAAAGUCAUUACAGAUUUUGUUGGUUCUUAGUUUAGUACUUUAAUGCAUUAUUGUAUUUCUGACCUGAAAGCUAUUCCUGAAAGUUAACUCCAUGUAGCCUAUUUGGUUCUUCGUAAUAUUAAUAAUUUCUAUAGGUUGCACUCAAACAUUUUAGCAAAAGAUAUGGUAAUUCGGGGAUUUCAAUCAUUGUGUGGACUUUGUAAAAGACGUUAUGUUGGAGAUCAUAUAUAAACAGCACUCCAUUUGUAUAUUUGGGCUUAUUGGGCUUCUGCAGCUGAUCUACACACAUUUUAAUUUUAAGUUGAACAAAUCCUGUCCAACGUGAUCCCACAACAUAAACUAUACUUUGAGCAAAUUGAAAUCAUACAGGUUUUACCCAAACACUUUCAUGACUACACACCAUGCACAUACAGAUUGUGGAGGUUUUUAUAUAGUUAUUUUAAAUUCAGCAUCUUUUCCAAAAUAAAAAAUUCUAAGAAACUAGAUAUGUGACAAGCUUAAUCCAAGUGUUCAUUGUUGUCAUUGGGUGUCUUUUGCUUUCUUGGGACAUCUUGUAAGGGAGUGUGGGAUUCCAUGAUUUUCCUCAGUAUGCUCUUUAGCUUGUACUGUCGUUGGAACCAAAUAUGUAAUGUUGUUUUAUUCUUUUUAAAUAACUGAUUAUUGUUAUUGUACACUGUUUUGAAGUUUAAAAUAAUAAUGAUUCAAGAGCUUGAACACUUUCAUGUUAAAUGUACUGUCCAGUAAAAACUGUCCAGUGAAAAUCACAUACCCAGAUUAUGUUGCUGACAAUUCCUAAACUUGUAUUUAUGGCCAAUGCAGAAAUUUGAGCAAGAAAGAAAACACUAAAGGAACCCCACCUCAAGAAGAAUGUUAUUUUAUUUAAAAGCUUGCUAUUUCAUACUAGAUUAUGAUAUACUCCUGCAGAGGAAGAGCAGGACAAUUAAUAGUCUAGAGGAGGAUGAGCUGACCAAUCAGAUGUACAUUUUUGAAUGACUGGUACACAACAAUUGCAAUUUUAUGUUGGGGUAUGCCCAGAACAUUUAAAUGUUUUUAAUAAAAUAAUAAUAAUUAUGAUGAUGAUGUAAUCGUGGGUCAUAUCUGGAAACACAGAGCAGGUACUUUAAACUUGCUAUAUAUCUAUUUCUGGGUCAGAAGAUAAACCUUUGUAGUGAAACAUAAUUUAGCAAUUUAUAAAUGCUCCUUUGGGGAGCUCUAUCAACUGUUAACAAUGUAAAUUGUCCAAUCAUCAUUGAUCGUCAAAAAAGGAGUUAAAUCAAAGUUAUCCACUUGUGUUGAAGUGCCAAAACAUUAUCCCUAAAUGGAAGAGAUGCUUUGGGUUAAAUACAAUACGGGACACUUGGCUGGCUUGAGUGUUUGCAAUAUUCAUCAUCUUACUGUUGCGUCUAUGUAUGUAAACUAUAUUCCCGCAUUGUUCAAUCAUUACUAUUGAUUAACCCUGUUGCCAGAUUUGGACUUUUACCAAAUAUACCAAAUAUGUAAUGUUGAUUGUGUUGAAUGAAUGUCAGUUGCUGAUUUUGGUCAAAUCAAGUGGCCUGACGAAGCAGAAAACACAAGCUCAAUAAAUCACAGCCUUUUUUUUAUUCA